AUGAAGUCACUUAUUGCGGCUUCGCUUUUUACCCUCGUCGCUACGGCGCAGGUAUCAUACUCUCCCUGUCCAUUAAUUGGCAAUUACUUCCCAGCACCAAGCCGGUCUUCCAUCAUAGACGCCAAACUACCCGCCGCCUUUGGCACCGCAUUCAGCGACCUCGUCCAGCACAGCGGCCACCCCGUCUAUGGCCCCAUCUCCGCCAACACCACGUCCUUUUCCGUCAUUUACUUCUAUGGCAACGCCGGCGACCAGAACAGUACUGAUCCCUCCCCGGUACUUUUCGAGUACCACCACACGUCCGCCUACGACGCGGCGCACAAUGUGUCGGCGAUUACUGCAAACACCAAGCUUCCGCUGGCUGAGGUGACCAUGGUCAUGACCGUGUACACAUGGCUGGCAACUAUGGGCGAUCGCUGGGAUGAGCCCAUCACAAAGUAUUUACCGGAGCUCGGCGCGCGUCAGGAGGGUGAUUUGGGCAUACCAUGGAGCGACGUUACAAUUGGGAGUCUGGCCGGCCACAUGUCUGGGCUGCCAAGAUUGUCGAAAACAUGUACUAUCGGAGCACCCUGUGGUACAAAAGAGCUGUUCGGGGGGUUGGCUGCACAAGGGCCGACUUUUCUACCAGACUCGUCACCAGUGGUGUCAUACGCUGCAUUCCAGGUUCUCGCCCUGGCCAUAGAGCGCUCUAGCGAAACGCCCAACGAUAGCUUUGCUAGUAUCAUGAGAGAACGAGUGCUUGCCCCUCUCUCCAUGAGCAGCACUGGUUUCCUGGGCGAGAACAGCUGCAGCAUUCGCGGCUUAAACAUGACGAAGCACGGCGAGCAGGCAGCGCUAUCCAUGGUGUCUUCAACCCACGACCUAGCCUUGGCUGGACAAGCCAUGCUCUCCGCCACGCUCGCCUCGCCCGCGGCCACACGCCGCUGGACGCAUCGCAGCGCCGACACGUCGAAUCUGCGCAACGGCGCGGGCUUGCCGUGGGAAGUGUACCGCGCCGGCCCCAAGCCCAUUUCGCCCAUCAUCGACGCGUUGACCAAGACGGGCGCCCUCGGUCCGUACGCAAGCUAUUUCGGGCUGGUACCCGAGCUCAACGUGGGAUUUGCGAUUCUCGCACGCGACUUUUCGCUGCAUGGCGAGGCGCCUGAUCUUAAUGCGUACGCAGACGUGGCGAGCGAAAGCAUCUCGCUCCUGGUCAAGGUGGCGGCCAAAGAAACGGUCGCGCGCUAUGCAGGUGCCUUUACGAGUCCGUCGGGGGGUUCGAUUGUGUUUGGGCUGACGGAUGGGAGCAGUCCUGGACUCGAGGUCAAAACUUGGACGUCUGGGCAGGAUGGCAGCAAGAAUGUCAAGGAAGAGGUAGCUGAUGCAGCUGGGAUUGAUGUGGGCAGCCUUGACUAUCGAUUGUAUCCGACGAAUGUCCAGAACAGCACCCGACGUCAAUUUGUGGCCGUUUUGCAGGAUAAGAGUGCGCCGGUGGAUGCGGGCACCCCAACAUGCAUCACCUGGCAGGAUAUCGGGGCACUCGAAGACGUGCCGUAUCAAUUUGUGUUUGAGAUGGGCCACAACCGCACUGUGGUUUUGGUUACAGUGCAGAAUAGCGAGACUUAUGCUCGGUCUUGA